AUGUCGCUGAGGCUCGACUCCGAAAAACGGCCAUUUAUCGAGCUUUCCGAUGGAUCAAGGAUUCAUUGUUUUGGUGAUAUUUCGGAAGAAAUGCGUAGCCGGAAAGGAGAGUGCCGAGAGUUUAUCGAAAUGCAGUUUCAAGAGGUGGUUGUUCAGUGCUUGAAGGUCGGUUACGAUGUAUCGACCUAUCGCAAAUUGGUGUUGGCGAGUUUACGAUACUCGCAGUAUGACGUUCCGAAGGCAGUAAGAAAAAUCGUUCACAGUGCCAACACAAUUCGCAAAUACAAGCUGUACAGGCAUUUCGAUGAAGUGCGACACGUGUUUGACGAAGGUUUAGUGUGGUAUUUACCUGUACGUGGCGUUGAUGAUUCUGUUGGCAUUGUUCUGGAGUCUGGUAAAACCUGGAACACUGAUAAGGUAUCGCUACUAGAUUUGUGGGAAGCCGUGAAAUUCGCAAACCAGGCCGUACUGAACGAUGAAAGGGUUCACUUCGGUGGGGUAAAACUAAUAAUCGACUUUGACGGCUUAGCGUGGAACCAUGUAUGGAUGUAUACCUCAUUAUCAGCGAAGGUCGUCUUCGAAUUGCAACACUGCCGGAUAGUGGACACCACCGUGCACGUGGUCAACAACAGUUCGCUUUUCAGUAAGGGUCACGCUCUUCUGACUCCUCUGCUGGGGAAGGAACUGACCAGCAGGUUGUUUCUCCACGGUCGAAAUUGGUCUUCACUGCAUCAACAUAUCAGCGCGAGCUGUUUACCACCCAAAUAUGGAGGCUCUGCCGUAGACUAUGACCAUCAACUAAUGGGUGCUCUACUGGAUCAGAUGAAAUCAACCUUUCCUGUUUUCAAACCAUAGUCCAACCGGCAUUCCUUUUAGCUCUACUUUUAGUGGUGCACCGUAAAUUAAGUAAUCAACGGCGGGUAGCUUCCAGUCCAGCGCGAUAACAAUGGGAG